CCGAAACAUUUUGCAACCCUUAAACCCUAAAACGAAGAUCCUCUUUCCAAACAUCAUGCACCCUUAAACCCUAAUGUCUAUCCUCAUUCGUGUUACUCGCCAAAAUCCCUCCACCGCUACCCUCCUCACGCGCCACCUCUCCUCCGCAGCCUCCAAACUCCACUCUUCAUACACUUUCAAACCACCCUCGUCUCUCACUCCCGAGCCGCAAUGCCCCAAUUCCCCUCCAACCAAGCCCAACCAAAAGAAACCCAAGCCCAAAUACCGGCCUCCCUCCUCCCUCGACCCGGCCGGCCGCAAGCCGGUUCGUUCCAAUGAUCUGCCAUUCGAUUUCCGGUUCAGCUACACGGAGAGCAGCCCAAAGGUGCGACCCAUCGGGCUCAGGGAGCCCAAGUAUUCUCCCUUUGGGCCGGGCCGGCUCGACCGGAAGUGGACCGGUGUGUGUGCGCCAGCCGUGGACCCCACUGUUGAGAGCUUAGAGGGUGCGGAGGACCCCAAGUUGGAGGAACAGAGAAAGAAGAAGAGAGAGAUGAUUCAAGGGAAGCCCCUUACCACUGAUGAGAGAAAGGCAUUGGUUUCGCAAUUUGAGAGAAGCAAAACUAAUAGGCAUGUCAAUCUCGGAAGGGAUGGUUUAACUCACAACAUGCUGAAUGUUAUUCAUAAUCAUUGGAAAUUUGCUGAAGCAGUUAGAAUCAAAUGCAUGGGUGUUCCAACUAUGGACAUGAAAAAUAUUUGUACCCAGCUUGAGGAUAAAACGUUUGGGAAGGUCGUCUUCAGACAUGGAGGUACACUUAUAUUAUACAGAGGCAGGAAUUAUAGUCCGAAAAAGAGAUCUGUUGUUCCUCUCAUGUUGUGGAAGCCCCAUGAACCUGUAUAUCCCAGACUGAUUAAGACAACAAUUGAUGGCUUAAGUAUUGAGGAAACGAAAAAAAUACGGAAGAGGGGACUAGCUGUUCCUGCUUUAACUAAGCUUGCCAAAAAUGGUUAUUAUGCUUUUUUGGUACCCAUGGUCAGAGAUGCUUUCCUCUCCUGUGAAUUGGUUCGGAUAGAUUGUGAGGGGCUUGAAAGGAAAGAUUACAAGAAAAUAGGCUGCAAACUCAGGGACAUGGUCCCCUGUAUUCUGGUGACUUUUGAGAAUGAACAAGUUGUGGUUUGGAGGGGGAAGGAUUACAAGCCUCCCAAGGAUGGAUACUUUCUUAAAGAUAGAGAAUCGUUUGAAGACAACAAUGAUGACUUAAAUGUGGCACAGGAGCAACAGGCUAUUUAGCACUAUAAUCAGGUGUGAAUCAGAAAUUCCCUUGAGAUUGGAAUGUUAUGUUCUGUGCAAAUGCGGUGAUUAUGGGAAUUUGGAUAGUUUACAGCCAAAUUUUAUGCUCCUAUUUCAAUAUAAUAAGAUAUCUAAACUGUUUAUUUUGACGUGGAAAUGAUGGGAAUAAUAAAAGGUUUGAGCUGGAAGAACGCUAGUUGGUUUGGUUGGGCGGUGACAGUGUUUGGAGUUAGGGAAAAAUGAAGAAGGCCCCUGUCCCUUGCUGAGUAAUUGCAAUGCGACGCUCGCAACUUCUUCCAUAUCAAUGAUGAUUUCAGGGGUUGUAUGAAAAGGCGUGGGUUGCAUUCUAGUAUGGAAUCACAACUUAGACUUCUCCCCACACUUUGUUCCCUCCCUUUGACCCAAUCACUGUUCCGCCACCUAUGCUCUUCCUGCUAUGAUUACAACCUUCUCUCUGAUCCAUGCUUCCAAACAUUUCUCCUUUAUUUCAUCAGUUUAUGUAAAUUGUAUUGCACUUGUCGUUAUUCAAUAUUCACAAACGUAUAAUUUGCUAUGAUUUUUCGUUGUCGUUUGGGUUAUUUCAGCAACAUAUAAUGUUUUUCCCAUAAAUUAUUUCUACUGAUAUAGACUGUUAUUGUCAGAACUUGACGAUGGUGUGGUAAGGUGCAUACUCGAUCUGAAUCAGCAGGGCACACAGAUGGGUAAUGAUGUAUUUUUAUUUAGCCUCUAAUAUUUUGGGUUAAAAUUUCAUUAUCAUUUAUAGGAGAAGAAAAUUGGAAAAUAAAAUUAACUAAGUUUCUCCUGAGACUAAAGGCAGCUAGUGUACAAGCUAAAUUGUUGUAGCUUGUCAUUCAUGCAUGUUUUCCAUGUGCUUCUAUUGUAUUAUUUUUUUUUUGUGUAAAUGCAGUCGAUGAGGAAAUUUCAGAUAGUUUACUGCCAAGGUUGAUACUUUUAUUUGGAUAUAACAAGAUAUCUAAACUGUUAUUUGUCUAUGACUAUUAUUGGCCUUAUAGCUGUUGUAAGGAAAAAUGUGAAUGAGAUGAGCUUUUAAUCAUGUGCUGGCUAUUUACAGUGCAGAACUGCAGGUAUUUUGGGUUGGAAUUUUUCAUAUUCCUAUGAUCUGCAAUGGUGUACACAGCUGUUCUAUUUGGAGUCAGAGUGGAAGGGCUUAUCAAGAGUUUUUUACCAUUGUUUGUCACAAAUAUAUAACAGUCAAGUAGUAUUGAAUUCAUGUUAUGUUACAUUAGAAGUGGAGUACAAAGGCGUUCUGCAUGAUAUUUAACUACAGGUAACUAAGCAGCAUAUACUUCCAUUCAUUAUGCAAUAUAAUUAUUGCAUGUGUUUUCAAUUAUAUAUGGCUGUAGCUAGAUCUUAGAGAGAAAAAAGUUUUACAUAGUUUGUUUUUAUAGUUAUAUGCAUGCUUAGUUAUUUGUAACUAAAUAUCAUGUGGUUGGAAUGGACUUUGGUAUUUCAUGAUGUCAGAAUCUUGGACUGGAAAUGGAGUUGUCACCAUUACCAAAUUGAAAAUUUAAAUGUAUAUAUUAGUAUGUUACUUACA